AUGUCGCCCUCAACCUCGGCCCGGAUCGUACACAUACGUGUGCCACAAGAUCAUCACGAAUCGAAGGGGGGUCGUGAACCGCGAUUCCUCGACCCUGUCAAUACCACAAGCAUCGGUUCCCCUUCCCCUUACCCCCCCCCCCCCCCCCCCCCCCCCCCUUUGAGUAAAUCACUAAGAUACAAAAAAGAAAUGCCUUCCGACAAGGCCGUCGCGGAGCCGUUUGGCAACCGCGCUCCAUUUGCGGAACCGUCCUGGUACAACGCCCUGGCCUCGCCGUAUUACAAGGAAUCCCAUCGACGGGUGCGCGAUCACGUUCGACGAUACGUCGACGAGCACAUCGCGCCGAACAUCCAGGAGUGGGAGGAAAACGGGCACGUGCCGGACGAGGCCCGGCUCCGGUACGCCCGGGCGGGCCUGGCGUUUCCUGAGCUGCCGGGCGAGUACCGGGGAGGUGUGCCCUUGCCGGGCGGGGUUUCCAUCGAGGAAUGGGACACCUUCCACUCCCUUGUCUUGGGCUAUGAGCUGAGCAAGAUAUGGGCCGCCGGCGUGUCGGCGGGCCUCUCCGGUGGCACGACCAUCGGGGUUCCUCCGGUCAUCCACCACGGCACCGAUGAGCAAAAGAAACGUUGGCUCCCAGGGAUCUUUACCGGGCAGACAAGUUUUUGUCUCGGUUGCACGGAACCUACUGGUGGAUCAGAUCUAGCGAACCUAAGAACCACGGCGGUCAAGACGGAGGAUGGCGCAUACUACGUCGUGAAUGGUCACAAGAAAUGGAUCACGGGCGCCUUGCGGGCGACUCAUAUGACAACUGCCGUACGGACGGGGGAGCAGGGAACGGGCGGGAUCUCCGUCCUCGUCAUCCCCCUCGAUCUCGCAGGGAUCUCACGGCGCAAGAUCAAGAACACCGGCUGGAAUGCAGGUGACAGCACAUGGGUGACGCUCGAGAACGUCAAAGUACCCGCGGACCACCUCAUCGGGCAAGAGAAUUCCGGCUUCCGCUACAUCAUGACAAACUUCAACCAAGAGCGUUUCCUCCUCGCGGUGCUCAUGAACGGGCAGGCCCGGAUCUGCCUCGAAGACGCGUGGGCCUACGCCAUGGACCGCCAGACUUUCGGCAAGCCCCUGAUGGCCCACCAGAGCAUCCGCCACAAGCUCGUCGCGAUGGCGCGCUACGUCGAGUCGCACUGGGCCUGGCUCGAGCAGAUCGCGUACCACGCCCAGCGGGCGGACGGCGGACGCAUGGGCGCCGAGCUGGCGUCGAGGAUCGCGCUGGCCAAGGUCCACGGCGGGCGUCUGCUGGAGCUCGCGAACAGGGAGGCGCAGCAGGUCUUUGGCGGCGCGGCGUACCAGCGCGGCGGGGUCGGCGCGCGGGUCGAGCAGAUCGGCCGGGACCUGAGGGUGAACAUCGUCGGGGGCGGCAGCGAGGAGAUCAUCUCGGACUUGGCUGUGCGGCAGGAGAUUGGCGCGGCCGUGGGCAGGGGCGCCAAACUGUGA